UAGAUACGGGCGGCGCUUAAUAAUUUGUGGAUCUGACCUUUGACACGUGUUCAGAUAAGACCAGACGAAUGUUACAACAUGCAAACAACACUCGUGUCUUGGUUGUAAACAAUAAACGAAAAAUGAAUUUUGUUAAGGUUUUAGUGAGAAAUAUGUCUCAAGCAAAGUGGGAGCCUUUGAAGAAUGUGGGCAUUAUUGGAGUGCCGUUUGAGAAAGGUCAAAAAAAGUAUGGCGUGAGUGUGGCCCCGGCGGCGUUGAGAUCAGCCGGGCUUGUGAGACAGUUGAAAGAAAUUGAUGGCGUUGACGUAAAGGACUAUGGAGACAUAGAGAUUCAGGCCAAUCACGUAGAUGCUCAUGUAGACAACAUGGCGUACUUACCGCUCGUGUCUGCUUGUAAUCGGAACUUAUCCCAAAAGGUGUCGAAGGUACUCCAAGAUGGAAGAUUACCAGUAACUAUUGGAGGAGAUCAUUCCAUCGGAGUAGGAACUGUUGAUGGACAUUACAAUGUCAACGAAGACAUGAUCCUCAUCUGGGUGGACGCUCACGCCGACAUCAACACCAACAAGACCUCAGGCUCGGGGUCCGUGCACGGCAUGCCCGUUGCUUUACUUGUGAAAGAACUAUCUGAUUACUGGCCCUACCUUCCAACAAUGGACUGGCAAGUUCCGAAAUUCUCUAUAAAAAAUCUUGCAUACAUUGGUCUCAGGUCUGUGGAUCAUUAUGAGAGAUUAGUAAUAGAAAAAUACAACGUUCCUACAUUUGCCAUGGAUGAUAUUGAGGAGCAUGGAAUACAAAAGUCGAUCAACCAUAUCCUCCACACACUAGAUCCAGAUAAGAAGAAGCCGAUUCAUGUCAGCUUUGAUAUUGAUUCGCUAGAUGCAUUAGAAGCGCCAAGUACGGGAACUCCAGUACGAGGUGGUUUAACUCUACGUGAAGGUAUUAAGUUAUUGGAGAUCAUACACUCGACUGGGCGGUUGAGAGGAAUCGAUCUAGUGGAAAUAAACCCGGCUAUUGGAGACGACUCAGACAGAAAAAGGACAAUUGAGGCCGGCAUGUGCAUUUUGAAAGCUGCUCUUGGAUUUUCAAGGCGUGGCACCACACCGCUUGCUGCUACUGAUCUACCAGUUCAAACGCAUCAUUAAGAAGAUUGUAAGGAUACCUAGAUGUUAUUAACAGUAACCUACGCUUUGGAACCUAAACAAGAUGUAGAAACAAAUAGAAUCGCCGAGAAAUAUUUCCAGGAAAUUCCAAACAUCGAUUCAAAAUACAUUAUCAAUGAAGGCUUAUCGAAGUUGAUCUCAAAC